AUGGAUAAAAAAAUUUAUACCAAAACGUACAGGCUGAUAAAAAGCGAUAAUUACGAUGCUUUCCUUAGGGAAGUCGGUGCGGGUCCUUUAAAACGUAAACAGGAAGUGAGAGAAAGGCCGACGAUACAAUUGAGACAAUACGGAAAUGAUUACGUAUUGACGAUGGCGAGCGAACAUCAAACGAAAAACGUCAAGUUCAGACCCAGCGAAAAAUUUGUUCAGGAAGGUUACGAUGGUAAUUAUGUUCAGACUAUAAUGUCUUUCGAAAAUGGCAACAUACUCGUCGAAAUGCAAAUGGGAGCCAAACCUGUGACGAUAUUAAGAGAAUUUUUCGUUAAUGGCGUCAUGGAAAUGAUGAUGUGCGAGAAAACCGUUUGCUGUCGCGUUUACAGUUCUUCUGAAUGA